UGUCUAUAUAUUAUAUAUAUAUGUUAUGUCUUAUCAUGCAUUCAUUGCAUCGAUUUCCUUGAGAGUUGUCAAAUGAAUACUAGAUGCACAAGAAUGCUUCAUCAGAAAUGUACGCAAGGUUUGUACCCGUCCAGUAAUAUAAAGAGAUUUGCAGUACCGGAGGAAAAAAUUCCAUGGACAGUCGAGUAUCCCGAGUACAAACCGGUCGCAUAUACCUCUGCCAUUCUUCAGGGCAAACCUUGGGCAGAUCCGGACAUCAACGAACCCACUUUCAAACCAAGAUGGAAUGCGAUAGAUGAUAAGGUGAAUCGAAAGAGUUUCACGGGUAACUACGCCGUAAACGCGAAUGGUCAGCCUUUAAAUCCUGUGGGACGAACCGGUAUAAUCGGACAAGGACUUCUGGGUCGAUGGGGACCGAAUCACGCAGCCGAUCCGAUCGUUACACGAUGGAAACGCGAUAAUGCGAAAGCUGUGGAACUGGAUGAGCACACGGGGAAACCUGUAUUACAAUUCGUCGCGAUACAAAGACGAGAUUCCGGAGAAUGGGCUAUACCAGGAGGUAUGGUUGAUCCGGAUGAAACAAUUUCCACCACUUUAAUGAGAGAAUUCAUGGAAGAAGCGUUAAAUUUUUUGGAAAAGAACGACUGUGAAAGAAAGACGCUUCAAGAUUCUAUAGCGGAAUUUUUCACGAGAGGCGACGAGAUCUAUAAAGGAUAUGUAGACGAUCCGCGAAAUACGGAUAACGCUUGGAUAGAGACGGUGGCUAUAAAUUUCCACGAUGAGGAUAGUAGUAUCGUUGGGAAACUCGCAUUAAAAGCCGGAGACGACGCGCGUAAUGUAAGAUGGAUGGAUGUGAAUCGUCAAAUAAAUUUAUACGCCAAUCAUAACGAAUUCAUUAAAAAAACCGUAUUGCGACGCAACGCGCAUUGGUGAAGCUGAUAAUAUAUGUACUUAUGAUUACGAUUGUUCUGAGAUGAGAGGAUAUUAUUAAAGAGAGAGAAACUAUAAAGUUAAAAAAAUUUAUUUUUGUAUUACGCAUUGUUUAAGUACUCUCACGUAUACUUUGCACACAGUAUAGUGCAUAAGCGCGUAUCAACAAUUGUCAUUAGUCAUUAUACUGUCGUCAAACUAUGUUAUAAAAUCUUAAGUAUACCUUAUAUCGAUAAAAUGAGAUUUUUCAAUAAAAGAUUUGAAAUAUAUACAUUUUUAACAAAA